ACAUCAGAUUACUUUGUUUUUUUUUUAUUGCAUUUAAAUCUUUGUGGCCAUAUUUUCUUUGUUUAUAGAAAAAAAAUCUGUUUGUCAAGCCCCUCUUUCUCUUCACAUAAUCACAUGAAUUUGAAAGACGGAGAAGACGAUCAGUGAUGGGAGGUGAAGCUGCACGGGUAACCGCACUCCAAAUAUUCUUUCCUUAAGACUUUACUAUACAACGAUAAAUAAAUUUCAAAGUAAUAAAUCAUAUCGCAAUUAACUUUUCAAAUUACUAUUCUUUUCUAAAAACAUUAUUAUAUUAUGGGAAUCACUUAAGGAGGAAGCAAUCUUAAAGUUGCUUUUGCAUGUGAGCACCACAAAUCAACUCUAUGUUUCUAUAUAAACAUGUAAGAAGAUGGAAGUAGUAUUCACAGAAAUCAAAAUAAAAAGGUAGAAAGAUGGCAAGCUCAAGCUCCAAUUCACAUGUCACUCUCGAAGUUGGAGAAGAACACACAUACACAUACCCAUACCCAUCAAAUCUAUCUGCAACAGGCUUUACCACUGUGAAGCUGAGUGGUAGGGAUGAGUAUGGUAUGUGGAAAACACAGAUGCUAUGUCUAUUGGAGAGUCAUGGUAUGCUUGGUUUCAUCGAUGGUACACUCAUGUGCCCUCAACCCAUUAGUAUUUCAGGGAAGGAAAAAGUGGGUGACCAUCAAACUCACUACAGGCUGUGGAGAAGAUCAGAUGCACUUGUGAAGGGUUGGAUUUUUGGUUCUCUCUCUAAACCAACAUUAGGGUAUGUUUUGGAUCGUCUCCAUCAACAGAGAAAUGCAAAUGAUUUUAGUGGAAAAGAUGCAUGGGAUGAACUCCACACUAUGUAUGCUCCUGUUGGUAUUCCACCUGAACUGCUAGUAGUUGAAGAUACACCACAAGAUAAAGACAGAGCAAAGAAUCUCGACAGAUUAUACAAUUAUACUGAAGCUGGUUACUGGAAUGGGGUCGAAGACAUACUGAGGCAGGAAAAGGUUGCAGUGACGGACAAAAUCACCAAUAAUGGCAACACCGCGCUCCAUGCAGCAGUCGGUAGUUUCAGGGGCCGAGAAUUCUUAGAGAAAUUGUUGGAAAAGAUACCUGAAAACACACAACUAACGAAUAUAAGAAAUUCAGAUGGAAGCACACUGCUUCAUGUCGCUGCCAUUAGUGGCAACAAUGAAACUGCUGAUAUCUUGGUGGCAAGGGACCCACAUAUGUUGUUGGCCAAGGACAAGGAAGGUCAGACACCACUAGCCUUGGCUCUUUCUAAUAUGCAUACCCACACAGCCCGACAUCUUUUGCGGCACAUCAAUACUCUUACUGAUGAUAUACAGAAGGAUGCUCUGUUUUCUGGCACAACUGGUGAUGACCUUCUAGUUACUGUUAUUUCCUCUAAAGAUUUUGGUAAGUGUCGACUUUUAGUAAAAAACCUAGCUACUAUACCCACUUAUAUAAUUGAUACGACUGACUUUGGAAAAUACGUAGACUUUGCAAGAGAACUGUUAAUGCAUUAUAAAACAUUGCAUACUGAUGCUGUGCUGAUGGCUAUAGCUCAAAAUUUCCCUGCUAGACAUAAAGCGACUGAUAUACUUAUGUGGGUAGACGACCAUUUCAUAAACCCUUGCAAUGAAAUUAUUUAUCACAGAUGGGAUUUGACGUUGAUAUGCAUCCCAAUCUUAUUUGUGAUUUCCUGCAUCAUUAUGUCUUUCCUGUAUAUCCUUGGGAUGUUAGUGUAUCUAUUCUUUAAAGAGGGACAUCAAAAUUUUGAAGAUGCUAUAGGCCUGUUGGCAGAGGUAUCUAUGUUGAUAAGGGAAAAAAACCACUUCAGCUCUUACCAUCACUAUUACACAAAUCCGAUUCUUGAAGCCAGUAGACAAAAUGCAUACGAGUUUGUAGAUAAAAUUAUGCAUCACUUCCCUAAUGCAAUUUGGAGUGCCAAUGAAGAUGGCCACAACAUUAUUCAGUAUGCUGUGGUAAAUCGCUCAGAAAAGAUUUACAACCUACUAUAUUGGAUGAGCCAACAUAGGAAUAUAUGUCGAACAAUUAAAGACUCUUCAGGGAAUAACCUAUUGCAUCUAGCUACAAGAUUGGCACCUAACAACAAACUGAAUCUUAUAUCGGGGGAAGCUUUACAAAUACAACGUGAACUACAAUGGUUUAAGGAAGUGGAAAGAUUCAUUUGUCCUCUAAGCAUCAUACAAAAGAACUCUUUCAACGAAACACCACAAACAAUAUUUACUAGAGAACACAAGGAGUUGGUGAUUGAGGGACAAAAAUGGAUGAAGUCCACUGCAGAGUCCUACACGAUUACAGCUGCAUUAAUCAUCACCAUUGUGUUUGCAGCAGCUAUAACAGUGCCAGGAGGAAAUAAGCAAGAAGGUGGGCUACCAGUGUUUACCAACCACACUGCCUUCACAAUAUUUGCAAUAUCAGACGCCAUAUCAUUAUUCUCAGCUGUUACUUCAUUGUUAAUGUUUUUGUCGAUUCUCACUGCACGUUUCGCUGAACAAGACUUUCUCUUUAAGUUGCCUACAAAGUUGAUAAUUGGUUUGGCCACCUUGUUCAUCUCAACCACAGCCAUGAUAGUAGCUUUUGCUGCAACGUUAUACCUUGUAUUUGGCCAAAGCAACUCAAGGAUUCUUAUUCCUAUAGCUGUGCUGACAUGCCUACCAAUUACUUCUUUUGUGACCCUGCAGUUCCCUCUUGUCAUAGAGUUGAUGAGUGCUACAUAUGGUGGUAGUAUUUUUGGUGAUAAGCAAACAUAUUAUCCUUUAUAUUAAUUUUUUUAUCAGACUAUGAAUGUUCAUAAACAAAAAGCAUCCACAAAUAGGAUCAGCUAUAAGCUGACAUACUUAUUGUAUAAAGUUCUUAAUCCUCAAUAACAAUACUUCCCUAACCUAAGGAGUAUGGACCAAUGAUUAGAGGAUGAAAUAUGACACAUGUUUGGUUAUAUGUGCUUUUGCAUCCUUUCCUCCAUUAAUCAUUUGUAUGAUAACACAUUUCUAAAAUAUGAUAUAUUUUAAAAAACAAGUA